UUUGCCGCAGCGAUUGUGAAUAAGGUAGUUGGAGGAAGAGCAAUCCGUUAGUUAAAGGAAUUCUUAAAUACGGUAGACUAAAGCAUUUCUCAGCUUGAAGGAUGUGAAGAGUUUGUGUUUGUGUUGAAAAAAAAGGUUUUUUUCACACCUAUGAAUGAUAAAAUUGGAAAGAAUAAUAAAAAUUAUCGUUAAACAACAAUUAUUUAAAAAAGCGCAAAUUUAUAGCAGUCUUAAAUUUAAACAAAAAUUUAUUUGUAGAAAGUAAGUUUGUGUAUUUUUGGUGAAGAAUAAAUUUGUUUAUCGACGUCGGAAAAUGAAGCUGUUAAUGUUGAAGAAGUGAAUUGUUGUUUAUAAGCUGAUGGUUUUGCUACUUUUUGAGCAGAAGUGUUUAUAUUUAAACAAGUAUUUGCAAGUUGGAAGUAUUAAAACACAUAUAAAAAAUAUAUUUAGAUAAUCAAUAUAAUUCUUAAAAAUUUAAGCAAAUCAAGCAUAAAAAAAUAAAAAAAUUAAUGUAAAAAUUUUUAAAAUUGAGGAAUACAGUUAAAAAAAAAAGAUAAAAUAAAUAAAGAUUCAGUGUUUUGAGUGCAAAUAAGUCGAAGUAAUAAAAAAAUAUUGAAAAAUUGUUAUGCAAAAAUGAAAAUAACUUACAACCAAUGUAUUAAGCGGUUCACCACUGACCGCGAAUUCGUUUCGUAAUUUCAUAAAACCUAAAAACAUUUACAUAAUUUAAGAAACAACAAUAAUAAAUACAUAUAAAAUUGCUUUUCAUUUACUUGAAUCAGAAGGCAAAACUAAUAAAAUACUCAACAUUCAACACUGAGAAAAGUGUAAAAAUUUCCGUCUUCACGGCAGCGUACGAUUGCCAAGGUUAAGUGCUGUGAAGUGGAGCUCUCAGAGGCUUAAGGAAAAUAUUCAGCAGUGUCGGUAUGUUUCUUACUAUGCAAAUACUACAAGGUGCUGUUGAGUUAUUUUCAGCAAAAAAAUCGUUUUUGAUUAAAAAAGAAUUAAUAUCUUCGAGGUGUUAAGAAAGUUGCGUGUGAAAGCUGCUUUUAUUUACAGUUACUGAAUUCAUAAUUUAUGCACAACAACAAGGAGUACGAAAAGUUGAGCUUUUUAUUGACGUCAAGUAACAAUCUGCAAUCAGCCAGUGUAAUAAAGUGAACAAAUCUCAUGCUUAACCCCUUUCAUACAUAAUUUGCAUAAUAAUGUCUGCGGAAUGUUUUUUAUCGCGACUUCAAUUGCUGUUUGUGAAAGUUUAGCCUGCUGAAGUGUUGGCUGAUUUUCGCACAUACCAGAAUACAGAAUAACAGCAAAUAGUAAAACCAAAAACGCAAAACUUUAACACAACAAGCGCCCAAAGAGCAUACAGGAUUUUACAUAUGUCCCUAAGCCGCGUACAAAUUUUAAAAGUAUGAGUGCGUUGAGGUAAAAGGUGAUACAGACAAAAAUAGCUAAUAACAAGAUAUAAAUUCACCAGAAACCAGAAAGGUACAAGGCAACAACAACAAAUAUAAAGCAAAGCAAAGUGUGAUUGUGUAAAUCAUGUCCAACGAAAAGGCGACAAAACAAAAUCUAGAAGGAAAAUUCAUCAUAAUACACGCGCCCACUUAAAAAGCAGAAAGCCAAAUGUUAAACAAAUAAACAGGGAUUCACGUAUACUUACAUAUGCGGAAAUUUCUACGGCACUAAAAUGCUCGAUUCACACAUGCCACCAACGACAGCAGUGAGUGAUUUUGAAAGCAUAGAGCCCUACAAGGUCAACACUUCUAAUGAAAUCGAGAGCAGUGGUGGUGGGGGCGGUAGAGGCGAGUUGGAUGUCAUCAUCGCUAGUGAAACUAGUCGAGCUGCUUUCGGCGGCUUCGCGGAAAACCUACAAUUGCUGCAAUCAAUCACUGCUACUCUAUGGCAUAAAUAACUGUAGUAUGAAUAUUUACAGUGGAAUUAACGAUACAAUGGUUGAAUCUCUCCAUAGUGGAUGCCAUGGUAUCCAGUCUCAAUGUGACGUUCAAUUAUAUUUACAUGCUGGACAACGAUUGGCCUUUUGGUGAACUAUAUUGCAAAAUAUUGCAAUUUAUAGCGACGUUGAGCAUAAGCGCUUGGGUGUUUACACUAAUGGCGAUAUCCAUCGACAGGUAUGUUGCCAUUAUGAAGCCGUUGAAAACAUGCAUGAGUAAGCGGUGCAAUCUGGGCAUUGCCGCCUUCAUUUGGAUAACCUCAAUUGCGAUUUCAUGCCCCAUGUUGUUCUUCUUUACAACCGGCGAAGUCGAACUGAAGGAUGGUACCCGAAUUGUAUGCUACGCCGAGUGGCCUGAUGGUCCCACGAAUCAUUCGCAACAGGAAAAUGUUUACAAUACCAUUUUCAUGAUUCUCACGUAUAUACUGUCCAUCAUUUCGAUGACGGUCACUUAUUCACGAGUCGGCAUUGAACUUUGGGACUCAAAGACGAUUGGAGAGUAUACGCCCAGACACGUGGAGAAUGUUCGAAAGUCACAUCAUGUUAUCCGGCGCUGACACAGACUCCUUUCAUUCAGGAAGUCUAUUUAGGCAUCUAUUGGCUGGCCAUGAGUAACUCCAUGCACAAUCCGAUUAUCCACUGCUGGAGGAA